AUGAGAAAACAAGCAGAAUUUGAACUCUAUAAGCGUCUCAAAUUACUUGGAGAGGGUUCUUUUGGAAAGGCUUAUUUAGUUGAAUUUAUUCAAGACAAGUCACUGUGGGUGACUAAAUAUAUGGAUUUGGCAGCCAUGUCAACUUAAGAGAGAGAAGAAACUUUGAGAGAAGCUAAAAUACUAGAAUUCCUACAGCAUCCAAAUAUUGUGAGAUUUAAAGAAGUCUAUAGAACAAAAAAAGGGCGUUUGUGUAUCGUUAUGGAGUAUGCAGAUGGGGGCGAUUUGGCUUAGAAAGUUAAAGAAGCCAAAGGGAAAUACUUACCUGAAGCCCAAAUUUUAGAUUGGUUUACUUAGAUUUGCUUGGCCAUCAAACAUGUUCACGAUAGGAAGAUCAUCCACAGAGAUUUAAAAUGCUAAAACAUUUUCUUAACAAAAUCAGGAUAAGUCAAAUUAGGAGAUUUUGGUAUUGCAAGAAUCCUGAAGAAAACUUUUGAAAAAGCAAAAACUAUGGUGGGAACUCCCUAUUACAUUAGUCCUGAAAUCAUUGAAGGGAAACCCUACACAUUUAUGACUGACAUCUGGUCUUUGGGUGUAAUCCUCUAUGAACUAUGUGCUUUGCAACCUCCCUUCAAAGCAGAAUCUCUUCACUUUCUCGCCUUGAACAUUGUCAAGGGUUAAUACAAGCCGAUUCCCAAUCAUUAUUCUAAAGAAUUACGAUAAUUGGUUGCUACGUUACUUCAAGUUGAUUAUAGAAGAAGACCCACAAUCCAAGAUAUUCUCAAAAUGCCUGUCAUAAUAAAUAGAAUUAAAAGCUUUCUUAGUGAAACUAUUCAAAGAUAAGAGUUCUCUCAUACUGUUCUCCAUAACAGAAAUUUUGAAAUCAAAGGAAAUUUAGAUCAAAUCAAUCUCAUUUUAAAUGAAAAACCCUGCCCACCUUAACUCCUUGAAUAGAACUAAAAAAACCUUUAAGAAUUCCCAGAAAUUGUAAAGAAACCCUAACCUUAACUGCAAGACCCAAGUGCCAUAAUAAAACCUCCUUAACUAUCAAAGCAACCUUCUUCUAGACAAUAAGAGCCUCCAUCAUCCAGAUAAAAUUAAUAAUAAGAAGUUCCUAAAAUUACUGAAUUGCCUAAGCCCAUUUCUUGGGAAGUUCCUAAACAAAUAGAGAUUCCAAAGUAGAUAGAGAUCCCAAAAAAAUUAGAGCCAAUUAUUAAAAAUUCUCCUGUCAUUUAAAAAAAGGACUCGUAAAAAGAAAUAAUAACAGACGAAAAAAAAUAAUCUCCAUUACUAUAAUAGCAGGCUCGACCUAAAAGUGACUAGGAUAAAGCAUAAUAAAAAAGUGAACCCAAUCGAUUUGAUGGUUAAUAAUAGAAGAAGCAUUCACAUAGUGAAUAAGCAUUGAAUGAAUAAAAAGUUGAAUAAUUUAUUUCACCUAAAGUUCCCUAAAAACCAUCAGAAUAACCAAGACCUCCGACUGCCCCGAAAGAUAAAAUUCCACCGCCUAAUAGCCAAAGGCCUUAAAGUUCAAGGUAGUAAGUAGUUGAUUAAAAAAAACCUCAAAAAAUAAUUAUAGAGAAAAAAAGACCAACUAGUGUUGAUAAGUCUCCUCCUGUUAAAUAUUAGGAUGAAUAAGGUUAAGGAUAUAAUAAUCAGUUUCGUCAAGAAGAAAGAAUUAGAUAAUUAAAAAUGAAACAAUAAUAAUAGGGAAAAAUAGAUAUGGAGAAAAAAGAGAAAGAAAGAGAAAGAGAGAAAGAAAAAGAAAGAGAGUUGAUUGAAAAAUAAAAGAUGCUUGAAAAAUAAUAACUCUAAGAUAAAUAAAGAAUUCAAAAAGAUAAGGCAUUAGAAAAUAAUUAAUAUUAAAAUUAAUACUAAGUUGAAGCAAAACCACAAGAAAAAUCUCCUUAAUUUGGAGGUAAAUAAUAAAGAGAUUCAAGAGUAUAAAUAAAGCCGAAAAAUGAUUUAUUACAAUGUGUCUAACAGAAAAAUAAAGAUUUAGAUCUUAUGCUUUAAGAGUUAUAAGGAUUAAUAGGAGGGGAUAAUAAUUUAAUAGAGAAGAUACCCCAUUAAAAUGGAAAAGAAAAUAUUUAUGAUUAUAAUGCCCUGCCAGUGACAUAGAUAGAAGACAGAGAAGAUGAUGAAGAUGAGUCUUGUGAUAAAAAUGCUAAUAAAUAAAAAUAGGUUGUCAAACCCAUCUCUGAGGUAGAAGAAGAAUGUUUUGAAUUGCUGAAUAAGCAAGAUUAAAGUAAAUGUAACAUAAUUCUGAUCAAAAUUGAAAAAUUCUUAGGUUAAGAGAAGAUGAAAAAGACAAUUGACAUUUUGCGUAAGGCUUUAGGAAAGAUGAGUCUUGAUUUGAUUGAAUAAAACUAUGGUCCUAAUUAUGAAAAACUAUUGCCAUUUUUGACAUUGGAAGAAAGGAAGAAAUGUACACCACUUCUUAUAACUCACAUAAUUGCUGAAUGUUGA